UAGUGCCGUGAGAGAGAUAACAAACUGUGGAGGGGUUUCACGAGAACGGACAAAGGGGUCGUUCCCUUACAAACUUGGUCAAAAACCCAACUUGAAGAAGACAUAAACAAAAACAAUACAAGGGAACCCCUCUUGAAUCGAUAGACGGCUAUUCCAGGUUAUCUGGGUUUUCUCCCGGACUAUCCUAUCAGUUUGGAGUUGUGGUGUGGGAUGGAUGAUAUGCGGCCUACUAGCGGCGCGGCAGCCCACCUCGGGCUUGCGUCGCUAUUCCCCACUGGUCUCCAAGCUGUGUAUGCGGAAUGCAGGCGCUUGUAUCCCGACCAGGCCAACCCCUUGCAAGUUACAGCCAUCGUUAAAUACUGGCUAGGUGGGCCGGACCCACUAGACUACAUCAGUAUGUACAGGAACAUGGGCUGUGUGGCACAGGAUGUCCAGGAGCACUGGCAUUACAUUAGUAUGGGACUCAGUGACCUGUAUGGAGACAACAGAGUCCAUGAGUUCUCGGGUCCUGAUGGCCCCAGUGGUUUUGGCUUUGAGCUGACAUUCAGACUGAAGAGGGAGGCUGGGGAGACGGCACCCCCCACCUGGCCCGCAGAGCUGAUGCAGGGGCUGGCCCGAUACGUCUUUCAGUCAGAAAACACGUUCUGCAGUGGCGACCACAUCUCGUGGCACAGCCCCCUGGACAACAGCGAGUCUCGUAUCCAGCACAUGCUCCUGACCGAAGACCCCCAGAUGCAACCCGUGCUCACUCCCUUUGGCCAAGUCAGCUUCCUCCAGAUUGUGGGUGUAUGUACAGAGGAGCUGCAGGCAGCACAGCAGUGGAACGGCCAGGGCAUCUUGGAUCUCCUGCGAGGGGUGCACGUGGCAGGGGGCCCAUGGCUGGUCACAGACAUGAGGAGAGGAGAGACGAUAUUUGAGAUCGACCCACACCUACAACAGGAGCGAGUGGAGAAGGGCAUUGAGACGGACGGCUCCAACCUGAGUGGCGUGAGCGCCAAGUGUGUGUGGGACGACCUGAGUCGGCCGCCAGAGGACGAGGACGACAGCCGCAGCAUCUGCAUCGGCUCACAGCCCCGACGCCUCUCUGAUAAAGACACAGAGCAGAUCAGAGAAGCCUUGAGGAAAGGACUAGAGAUCAACAGCAAGGCUGUUCUCCCGCCAAUAGGUGGCCAAAGGCAGAACCACGAUCGACCCCAACAAUCACUGGGACAUUUGCAGACCCAGCAGGCUUCAAGAAGCCGUAAAGACAGCCUGGAGAGCGAGAGCUCGGCGGCCAUCGUCCCUCACGAGCUGGUACGCACGCGGCAGCUAGAGAGCGUCCACCUCAAGUUCAACCAGGAGUCCGGCACACUCUUGCCCCUUUGCCUCAGGGGCCGGCUGCUUCACGGGAGGCACUUCACGUACAAGAGCAUAAACGGAGACACGGCCAUCACCUUUGUGUCGACCGGCGUGGAGGGAGCCUUCGCCACGGAGGAGCAUCCGUAUGCCGCGCACGGCCCCUGGCUGCAGAUCCUACUCACAGAGGAGUUUGUGGAACAGAUGCUGGGAGAGCUGCAGGAUUUGAGCUCUCGCGAGGAGACCAAGCAGCCCAAGGAGUACAGCUGGCCGGAGAGGAAGCUGAAGAUCUCUGUGCUGCCGGACUCGGCAUUCGACAGCCCUCUGCAGUAGCCCUUCUUUCCUCCUGCCCCUCCUCUUCCUCUGUAUUGCCCUUGGGGCAUCUACCCAUCAUCUCCUGAGGCCUUCUUAACCCCCCACCCCAAUCCAACCUACCCACUCCAAACCUGCCUCUGCCCUCUGGCUAUGGCUGCUCUGCAGCUGUUGGUAUUACAAGAGGACAGGUUUCAUACAGGGGCUCUACAUCCCUCACUCUCUCCUCCCCACGCACACACACCCUUUCACCUCCCCUCAGCUGUUAUGCCUCUGGCUGCAUGAACAUUGCUGCGUAUUCGGACCCCCCGUCCCCCCUUCCCCCCGUGUCUCAGAGUGUGUGUCUUGUAGGAAGGGAUAAAUGUGCAAGAGUGGAUCCAUUCUAAUGCUGGACUGCCUGUAGAUUGGAGCAUUGAGUAAUUGCUUUUAUAAAGGAAAGAAAACUCACAGGAUCCACCCCAAGUCUCAAGUUAAAAACACUACUUAACCAUCAUAAUGUAUCAGAUGGCAUGAAACGUUAAUUAUGAACGUUUUUUAAUGUGUUUCUGUGUUUGUGUGUGAUUUUUUUUUUUUUUUUUAAUGCAAAUGUCAUGUAACUGUUCCAGAGUCCUACCCAGUCCUUGAAGUGCAAAACUAAAUCACUGAUUGGUCAGCCUUUGCAGUCUAAGAAGUUACAUAUCCUGGAAUGAAAUUGAGUGCUUUUGGUCCCUGGUCACAUUCCAUAUAGCAUAGGGAAGAGUUUUGUCAUGUAACAGUGUGUCUGAAUGUACUGACAGUAUUAGUGAAAUUCAUUGACGGAUGUUUUUUUAUUUGUCCCCAAUUCCUAUUUUUGCAUCAUGCCAAAGGUGUUAAGACGGAUAUUAAUAAGGUAUAUUUAAUAAAUGGUAACAGCAAUGUUAGGAUUGUACGCCAUGGUAAACUACUCCAAUGCUAGUUACAUUAGUGCUUCUAAAUGUAGACCACAGUCCAGGUUGUCAAAUCUUGUGCCUUCAAGACAUGGUUAAGAAAUUAAAUGAUGUUUUCCUAUUUUUAUACAAUCAUGUAGUUUGGAUACAUACUGUACCAGUUACCUUGACCUUAAAAGAUGUUUUUGAGGGUACAGAUUGUUAUGGUUGUAAUUUUCUAUUGCCACAAAGGGACUCUGGUUAAGGGAGGGGGGAGCGAAUCCUUUGUUUACAUUAAAGAAUCUUUCUUUGCAAGGAUCCUUAGCUGCUCCAACAGGAUUCCACUGGCAUGAGAGAAUCAUAAUUCCUCUGCAUCCAUAAAAGCAUAAAUCAGACGUUAUGAGAGUACCUGAAUUCCUAGCAUGAAGAUGUGCGUCACUGUUUAGGUGUCCCCCAAUAUGGCAGUGGCCUUGCUGUGGGACCAAGUCUUGGUAUCUGAGUUACUUUGGUGCCUGCAUAGCUGUACCAAAGUCAGUAUUUGCCCAUUGCUAAUUAAUCUCCUGUUACAUGACAUAUGACAAUGUGAGCAACGAAAUGCUAAAGCAAUGUUUCAUGAUAAAUUUGUCUGCAUUAUACAAACUACAGUGCUUUGGUCUGAAUCAAUCAUUGCAUUCCGUGCCUUUUUGUAAUGAGACGAAACAAAGGGCUUGUGGGCACAAUAUUCACUAAAUAUUCGUAUGGUUAUGUCGGUCAAAAAAUACUGUUCUGAGUUUUAGAUGUUUUUUUUUUUCAACAGAAAAAAAAUAAGUAUACUGUUUUUAUGUCAAAACACCAACUGUUUGUAAUCCUAAAGUGCAUUAUUUACAGAAAAUAAAAAUAAAACAAUUGUUUCAA